AUGACACUCACUAUCGGGCGUGGCCGUCGGCUGGGCCUCUUCCUCCUCUCGCUUUACGCCUCCACCAGCGCUGCCGCCAGCAUUCUUCCCUCCGCGGCCUCCUCCUCGUUCCCCCAAUGUGGUCUGUCUUGUACGGCCCUGACUCAGGCGCAGAGUAGCUGCGAGGCCGCCGCCGAAUCGACCUGGGUCUCCUGCUUCUGCCAGUCGUCCCUCCUCACCACCCUCAAGACCUCCGGCAGUCUAUGUUCCUCGUGUACCUCGUCCUCCGACCAGACUCUGCUUUCUACUUGGUAUAACAAUUACUGCAAUUCCAAUGGCAGGGAUACGGGCAGUAGCGACACCAGCACCACAACCGACACGACCACGGCCACCAAUUCGGCGUCAACGGGCACCGCGACGCCCGUGAAAAGCACCAGCAAUACCUCCGCCGCGGACGAAAAUAAGUCUUGGUGGAGCACUCACUACCAAUGGGUGAUCAUGUUGAUCGUCCUCGCCAUUGGCUUCAGUGCCAUCGCUGCUGGUGGUAUCUGGCUCAAGCGCCGCUACGAUGCUAAACGACCGGGCCUGUAUCACGGUGGAAGUGCGGCAGGCAGCUCGGGUGUUCUCAGUGGAAACCCCGUCUCCAACUCGAAUUCGGGAGUCUUGAGUCCCCCGCCGCCAGCCUGGGCAUCGUCCACGGGGCCUAAUCAGUCCCAGUCUCUGGCGAGUAGCUCGCUUACAGACAUGGCUGCUACUCGGGGGAAUAAUGCGGCUCCCCCGCCAGGGAGUCGCACGCGUCUGCCCAAGCCCUCGCAACCUUCAUCAGAUGUGGAGAUUCGACAUGUUUCUCUACAAUAG